GGGAAAACGAAACCCUAGUUGUAAGCAGAAUAGGGUUCGAGAAGAAGAAAUUCGCACUGUAGCGCGCCAUCUCCUGUCAGUGGGGCUUGGCACUUGUGUUUAUCUAUGGAGUGCUUCAAACAGCAAAGUGACUAAGCUUUGUGACUUGGGGCCUUAUGAUGAUGUUUGUUCUGUCCAGUGGACCAAGGAGGGUUCUUUCACAUCUACUGAUUUUGUUUCCAAGAAAUCGCCGAAAGGGGUGUCUGGAAUCGAGAAAGAUUCGUGCGUGAUUGAUAUGAGGUGCAGUAGUCACAAAGGGUUUUCUGAGAAUUCACAAGGUGAGAGGAUUUGUAGGAUUUGUCAUCUGGCUUUUGGACCUGCGUCAGAUGCAGCAAUUAUUGAAAGUGUGAGCGCUACGAGUGGAGAUUUUAUUCAACUUGGUUGCGUGUGUAAAGACGAGCUCGGCAUUGCUCACGUUUAUUGUGCUGAAGUGUGGUUCAAGCUAAAGGGAAAUAGAUUAUGUGAAAUAUGUGGCGAGACUGCAAAGAAUGUCUCGGGUGUUACUACUAACGGAGUUAUGGAAGAGUGGAAUGAUAGAAGAUUCAUGGACAACAGCGGUAACUCAUCGCGCAGGUUUGGUGGAUGCUGGCGAGCACAGCCGUAUUGUAAUUUCUUGAUGGCGUGCCUGCCUAUCUUAGUCUAUAUGUCCAAGGUGGAUGGGAAAUUCAAUUUUAGAGUUGUUUUUGUGGACGCUGGAGUUACACAAAUUGACAUUGAAACUAAGACGAUGAAAGAUGAGCAGAAAAUGAGAGAAGCACAGACAAGAGCAAUAUCAGAGCAUGGAGAGUUAGCACUAAUUACAGUUGAAGGUCCUCAAUCUUCUACAGAAGAAAGAAUACCAUUGAGGCCACCAAUGCUGCAGAGCUUUGUUAUAGCAAUACUUGCACGAAAGUAGUGUUCUGACACGUAUGGUGGUUGGAUUGGAUUUGUGUUAUUUCUGCAUGAAGAUAUAUAGUACUUUCACUCUAUGAAGGGAUUAUUAUCAAAGAAAACUACACUCUUACCUGUACAUGUAUCAAUGAGGGAGGAAAUGUUUAUGUAAAAUAAUUUAAUAGAUGCAUUUUUCAAUCAUAAAUUUUUGAAUUCUUAGACUCAUUGAUCGAGAAGUUGUGUUAAUUGAAUGAGUGGAUGGAAUG